GUAAAAAGUAAUUAGUGAUUAAAGUAUUUGAAAGAAAAGUCCAAGUAACUUUCUCACUCAUCACUCCCCUAUAAAUUUUCACCCUCCUCAAAAAAUAAAUCUACCACCACCACCAAAUUUCCUCAUGGCUCCGCCGGAGAACAAACCAACGCCGCCCCGCCACGUGGUGGCUAUGCCGUACCCCGGCCGCGGCCACAUCAACCCCAUGCUCAACCUCUGCAAAGCUGUGGCCGAAAGAAGCGGCGGCAGCAUACACAUCACCAUCGUCCUCACGGAGGAAUGGGUCGGACUCAUCGGCGGCAUGACCAAGCCGCCGAACAUCAGCUUCGCCGCCAUACCCAACGUCGUCCCGUCGGAGAGCGUCCGCGCCGACGAUGUGAACGGCUUCGCCAUGGCCGUUCAGAGCAAGAUGGGGGAGCCGUUCGAGCGGCUUCUGGACGAGCUGCAUUCCCCGCCGCCGGAUUUCAUCGUGGCCGACGCCUUCUUGCCCUGGGCCGGCGAGGCGGCCGGGAGGAGGAAUAUUCCGGUGGCUUACUUGUGGACCAUGUCGGCUGCGGUGUACACGAUGCUUAUCCAUUCCCAACUUCUAGCUCAAAACGGCCACUUCCCCGUUGAUUUGUCAGUUAAUGGUGAUGGUAUAGUAGACUACCUACCAGGCCUCUCUCCAAUUCGUGCAGCAGAUCUGCCAUUAGUCUUGAGAGACAAAGAAAUCAUCACAAUGCUUGACAAAGCUCUCCCCCACCACACCGAAUAUUCGAAACAUCUCGUCUUCAGUUCCAUCCACCACCUCGAAUCCAAAGUCUUCGAAGCUCUCAAUCAAGAAUCUCCAUUCUCGAUCUUCAACAUCGGCCCCACAACCUCGUAUCAGACACUCAAGAACAUCCUCAACAACAAUAACCAAACUCCCGACGACGAGACAAACAAUGUUAACAGCUACCUUGAAUGGUUAAACGACCAGCCACCAAGAUCGGUUCUUUACGUCUCGUUAGGCAGCUUCUUGACCGUUUCGAGUGCCCAAUUGGACGAAAUCGCUAGCGGCCUCUGCGGUAGCGGUGUUAGGUUCUUGUGGGUGGCUCGCCGGGAAACACAGCGGCUGCAGAAGAUUUGUGGCGGUGGAGGGGGGAAGGGGGUGGUGGUGGAGUGGUGUGAUCAGCUGAGGGUUCUCAGCCACCCUGCUGUUGGCGGUUUCUGGUCGCAUUGUGGGUGGAGUUCGACGAAGGAGGCAGUGAUGGCGGGGGUGGCGGUGUUGGCUUCUCCGAUCAUUAUGGAUCAAUUGCCUAAUGCCAAGGCUGUUGUUGAGGAUUGGAAGAUUGGGUGGAGGGUUAUCGAGAGGGAGUUCGACGAAGAGAAUUUGGUUAAGCGAGACGAAAUUUCUGAACUCGUGCAGAGGUUUAUGGACUUAGAUUGUCCUGAAAGAGCAGAGCUUACUAAAAAUGUCGAAAAUUUGAAGAAGGCUUGUGAAAGUGAAUUCGAGAGUGGGGGUUCUUUCGAGACCAAUCUUGAUGGAUUUGUUGAAUUGAUCCUGUCUUGAAGCAGUUUGAAAUGGUGUCCUAAUUUAUUAUGUUCUUGUUUGUGA